CAUCGACAAGCUGCUUCUGAAAAUUUAAAUGACUUGGUGGUGGUAGAUGAUACGCCUCAACAAACACCUCAGCUUGCUAGUGAAAUUUUAAAUGAAUUGGCACCAACAAAUUCAACUUCUCAGAAUUCUCCUUCCCAUCAACGUAUGCCUACACAAUUUGCAAAUUCUAAUAGCAACCAGCCAAUUCAAUUACGAAACAUUUUGCGAACUGCCGGCCGUACCCCACCCCCCUUAAUCUACAGUGAACCUUCAGUAUUUAACGAUGAAGAAAGUCACUUGGCACAAAUGUAUAGAGGGGAGCGACGUAUUGUUGAUGUAUAUUCGACACCUGGGGGGUUGA